GUGACAGCUGUAUACUUGUCCAGUUGAGGUUGACGAUUCUGCGCUGGCGCACGUCAACGCUGUAGUUUUUUUAAAGUUAUUUGAGUGUUACAUAGUUACAUAUUUACAAUGGAAUGGUGUAGGAGUACUUGUGGCAAAUACAAAAUCGAAAGUCUGACAGCAGCAACGUUUCCCGGAGCUAUAAAUGUAAUAAAAGUAUCCUUCUGCCAAGACGAGGCAGUGAGCAUAGGGGCGGAAGUGGACAAGGAUCCUCUGGCUGCUGAAGAGUUGCUGGAGCUGUGUGCUGAUGCAGCCCUAGACGGGGUGUCGCUGGUAGCGGUGCAUGAAGACACCGGCGAAGUGGCCGCUGUGGCUUUCAACAAACUACAGGUUCCAUCCUCAGGGUCUUCAGAAAGGGCUUUCUUCGAGGUGUUUGCAGAGGAGCGGUGCUCGCGGCCCUCGUCCAAGUCGCUCAUAGAGUUCAUGGUCAAUGUGGACUCACGGUGCAACCUCUUUGAGAAGUUCGAUGCCGACUGCAGUUUAGAAGUGAUGUUCCUGGCAACACUGAAGGAGCACAGGUGCCGCGGUCUCGGCAAACUUCUUUGCAAAAGUUCCUCGGAACUUGCAAAGAAACUGAAAGACGGGCCUGUUACCAAGUUCACAGUACAAGACCUUGGCCCCAUGUAUUCCAACAUGAACCCGCGCCAAGUAUCCACCACGCCGCCAAAGAUAUGCCAAGCUAUAUGGACCUCUUUCAUAUCUCAAAAAGUCGGAAAAGCUACCGGUUACUCAGUCAUCCUUCGGGUCCCUUACGAAGAAUUCGAAUACAAUGGAAAGACUUACGCUGAAAGAAUCGGACCAGACUCACCGUUUUGCGAAUUGGUAGCUAAAGUAAUUGAGUAGAAAUGAGAUCUUACGGGCAAAAUAAAAAUAUAAAACUCAA